AUGCCAGAGGAUAAAGUAGACUUUGAAAAUUCUACGGAUUGGCGCAAACAAGUCCGAAAAAAACUAAAAAAGAAUGUUGUGAACUACUAUAGCUACUCGAAAUUUCAUGGGAUAACUCGCAUUAAUAAAGGAGGCUUUUCCGUCGUUUACAAAGCCGAAUGUUCUGAUUUUAAUAGCAUUGUUGCAUUAAAAGUAAUUAAGGGGGAAUAUUUUAAAAAAAUAGAUGACUUUAUUCGUGAGCUCAAUAUACACAUAAAAUUAAGUUCCCAUGAAAAUAUUUUAAAAAUUUAUGGCAUCAGCUACUAUAAAAAUAAAACAUUGAAUGGUAUUAUAAUCUACAAUAGCAUAAGAGAAACUCCGAUACUCGAUACACCUGUGCGGUACAUGCUUCUUUACGAAAAAUGUUGGGAUUUAAAACCAGAGAGAAGACCUGAAAUUCAAGACGUAGUUGCGAGUUUACAGAAUAUAAAUUUGAAUUUGGUUAUACAUCAAAUACACGAAGAGAUAGGUAACCCAGAAGCGUUUGCUAAUUCAAACAACUCAACAUUGUCGGCCAGUAGUGACGAAUCAUACCAUAAUAUUUUACAUUCAAAUGGUACAAUGGAAGAUUUUCUAUCUGUAGACAAUAUGAUGGAAGAUGUUUCAGAAGGAUUUUCACUUGAUGUCAUUGAAAACAACAAUAGUGAGGCCUCUUCUACACAUUCAAGUGAAGAGGAUUCUUCUGCGCAUUCGGGUCUUAGCAAUGAGGUAACUUUCUUGUCACACUCUCCUGAAAAUAUCGAGCCGGUCACAAUAAUUGAGGGAGCAACAUUUUCGACGCAAACUACUGAAGAUAUUGGGCCAGUCACAACCAAUGAAGUCGAAAACUCAGUCGCCAUAAUACAAAGUCCAGCAAAUACUACGGAUAUAAAAGAAAAUUUUAUAAGAGAUCUGUACGAGACUUUUGUAAAAAAGAUUGUUCAUGGUGUGCCAAACUUAAUAGUUUGCAAUGAUCUUAAAAAAAUAAUAAAAUCAAAAGAUGAGGAAUUGACAAAUGUUCUAUUACUUUUGAAAAAUCGGAAAAAUUAUGAUUGCCUAGUGGGAUUUUUUAAUGCAUACGAGUAUAAAGAUUUCGGAGAGGCAUACGCAUAUUACUAUAAUGCAUCUCGGAUGAAUAACGACGCACUUGGACAUUUCUUCGUUGGGCUAUGUUAUGAAAAGGGUUAUGGAGUAGGUAAGGAUUAUAAAAAAUCCUUAGAAAACUAUCAAAAAUCUGCAGAUGAAGGAAAUGCGGAAGCACAAUUUAAAAUCGGCACAUUUAUGUUUAAAGGACUCUGUGGGAACAAAGAUAAAACAAGCGCAGUAGAUUGGUAUCAGAUAUCUGCUAAGAAAAAUUUUAAGGCCCAGAUUUGUUUGAGCCGUUGUUACAGAGAAGGGAAAGGAAUUAAGAAAAAUAUAGAAAAGGCAAAUGAUUUGUUAAAGACAA